CACAUUAUUCCUCUAACUCGUUUCAAACCCACUCCCUCAUAUACGAUCAAACUAAAGAUGAAACAUCUGACAUUCUUUCCCGACGAUCCGAUUUUAUCUUUGUUAUGUUGAGGGAUAAAUCCGCAACCGUUGUCGUUGCUGCAUUAAAGAUAUUAGUGGCUGUGACCAGCAAAGGAAUUCCGAAGGAUGCCUUGUCUGACACCAGGCGGAUAGAGAUUGUCAGAAUGCUCAAGAGGUUCAUAAAGCGUCGUGAUUUCCAUGUCACUCCAGCUGCAGUAGCUGCAUUAUGCGAGAUUUGCCGAAAUGAUCAACUCCGUGCGGAAGCUAUACGCAGCAAUAUCCUCGUCACAUUGAUCGACCUGUUCGAGUUCGAUAAGCAAGGUUUGAGCGGUGGGCCACGUGGCUUAAUGACACUCGCUGAAUUCGAGGAUGUGCGUACCGAGCUCGCACGUGGUUCGCACAUCGGCAAACUAGUUGCGUUUUCAAGAGAUAAAGUAGUGGAAAAGAGCAACGAGGCGACUGAGGAACUCGCACAGCUAUCGAAACAUGAUGAACUUCGCAAACGAAUCAUUGAUAGAGGAGGCCUGGACAGCAUAGUCGACAAUUUGGCGAAACCAGACCAUGCGUUAUUCGCUGCGAAUGCACUUGUGACUCUCAUGCAAUAUGACGACGCCAAGGAACGGAUACUGAACACUAAAGUGGACCUAUAUUUGCUGCAGAUGAUCGAGGGACGCAUUUUUGAUGGAACUGUUGGAAGGGAGGGCAUAGACAUCCUUGCGGAGAUAUUCAAAAAUGACGCCUUGCGAUCCAUGAUGUUAAAGCCAAAGAAUCCACCGUCAUUCGAUAACGGUUCUUGGAAUUUCGGCGGCAAGGAUGCACGUCGACGGCUACUCAAGAGCUUGAAUGCGGCAAACGACGUAUGGAAGAAGACGACGCACAGACUGGUCGAAAAGCCGGCCACAGAUGAUUCCGAUAAGCCAACAAAUGUUUUUGGGAUUUUGCGCAAGAUGAUCGAAACAACUCGGCUCGACUCUGUUCAGAAUAGUGCUAUCAAUUACCUGCGCAUUAUCGCUGAUCACGAGGACGCACGCCAGGCGAUGGUUGGCGUCGGAAUCAUAGAACCUCUUUUGUGGUGUCUUAAAGCCACGGGUGUGAACAUUCUGGCUCUCAAUGAUGUUUUAGCAAAGAUUGCGCGUCACGAGUUGUUACGUGGUGAAAUCAUCAAGAAUGACAAGAUACUGGCUGAAAUGCUCAGUAGUCAUUAUCCUGUCGAGGCUCUCCGCAUGACUGCCACAUUGGAAUCUUUAUCGUCUCAUAGAGAGAUACGCGAGGAAGUUCAGAAGAUGGAUGAGUACCAAAACCUGAAGAAGGAUGCACUGCACUACUUAGAUCCGCAUCACCACCCCCACGAACAUGAUCUGUAUACCUCUGCAUCACAGGCCAUCAAAUCGGUUAUCGGGGCAUUCGACACGUAUGACAGAACAACGCAUCAAAACGAGCCUCUCUACUCCUACUUGGAUCCGUAUGACCACCCUGACGAAAUUGAUCGGUAUAUGAUCUGAGGCAUGUGAUGAUGCAGUCGCAGAGCAGGUAACCAACAUCCCGACGACCGCAAAGAAUAAAUAUAGGAUGACGAUGUCAAUACUAGGCUCUAGUAGCAACACCUCUGUACUUCAGUGUAUCAGCUUUAUCUUAUUCCGAACUGUGUGAGAUGAACUGUAGUAUUGA